CCUCUUAUUAUUGUCGAAAACCCUGCGUAAACCUCACGCCUCUUUUCACCUUCCCCCAACAGCCUAAAAACAAACACACACACACACACACCCCCUCACCCACAAAAUCCACAUAUAUAAAAACCCUAAACCCCCCAAAAACAUCCUUUAUAAAAAGAAAUAACCAAACGCCUCACUCUCUAAAAGGAAAAGCAAAUAUGGCAAGCAAAGAGCCCGAUCACCAGCACAGAGAAGGCGAGGAUACCCCGGCUGCCGAAGACGAAGACACCGGAGCUCAAGUCGCGCCUAUCGUCAAACUCGAGGAAGUCGCCGUCAGCACCGGCGAGGAAAAUGAAGAACCGAUCCUCGAUCUGAAGUCCAAGCUGUACCGAUUUGAUAAAGACGGGAAUCAAUGGAAAGAGAGAGGUGCUGGAACUGUGAAGCUGUUGAAGCACAAAGAAACUGGAAAAGUUCGCCUUGUUAUGAGGCAAUCUAAGACUCUCAAGAUCUGCGCCAAUCAUCUCGUGUUGCCGUCGAUGACUGUGCAGGAGCACGCAGGGAACGACAAAUCAUGCCUAUGGCACGCUUCUGACUUUGCAGAUGGUGAAUUGAAAGAUGAACUUUUCUGCAUUCGAUUCGCAUCAGUGGAAAAUUGCAAAACCUUUAUGGAAAUGUUCCAAGAAGUUGCCGAAUCACAAAAGCCGAAAGAGGAAAAUAAAGAUGCAUCCGCUGCUGCCGGACUACUUGAGAAGUUGAGCGUUGAGGAAAAGAAAGCAGAGGACAAAGCUGAAGAGGAGAAGCCUGCUGCAGUGAAGGAGGAAAAUGAAGCAAAGAAGGAUGAAGAAAAAGCAGGUGCCGAGAAGAAAGAUGGGGAGUCAGAUUCCUCAACUUAAAAGCGAAUUGGGUUAGCCUUCAAUGCCAUAUGGUAUUGGCCAAUAUGGUGAGGUUAGUUACCUGACGUCGCUCCCCCACCCGUAUCUUGGCGAAGUCCUGCGGAUGAAACUAAAUGGGUCAAUUUAUGGGCUGGAAUGGAUGGUCGAGGUCCUUUGCGUCCUUAGGUUUGAGUGUUUGUCGAGGUUUGGUCAAACCCUGGGUCAUGUUUGCAUGUUGAGAGUUGUGUUUCGCGGUUUGAGCAGUGUCAAGGAGGGUUCAUUCAACCGGGUUUUCUCCCAGUAUUACUAUAUGUCUAAGUUGUCGUACUGCCCCCAGUCCAUGCACUGAAAGAGUACUUGGUAUAGACAAGUUCUUUUUUGUUUUUAUUUUCUUGUGGGAUUUAAGUAUUUGAAUUUUGUAUCUUCAUGUUAAAGAGUAGAAAGUUUGGGUGACAAAAAACAUAUUUGGCUUCUCAGAAUUAGCAAGAAAACUUCUAUUUUAAUGAUUUUCAGAAA